AUGACACUUGAAGAUUUAAGGGCAACUAUAUCAGAAUGCAGUGGUUAUGAUGGUAGCAGUUGGGACAUGAAGUAUACUGUCAAGUAUGAUGAGAGGACAUUAAUUGAUCUUGUUGAUGAUGGCGGAGUUAGAAAUAUUUUUGUGCAUAAUGACAUCAUUGAAAGAAUUGAGACAGAACCACAUGAGAUGACUGAUGCACAAAUAAUUGAGACAGAACCACAUGAGAUGACUGAUGCACAAAUAAUUGAGACAGAACCACCUGAGAUGAAUGAUGCACAGAGAAUUGAGACAGAACCACAUGAGAUGACUGAUACACAAAUAUCCAAAAUUGAAAGAUGGUUGGGAUUGUCACGCCAGGAAAUGGCUGUAUCUUAUAUCAGUUUGGGAAAUGAUUAUGAGCACGUGAGUCAUGAAAGCGUGGGGCAAAAAAUUGCACAUGCUGGUUUGUUUAAGGAGUAUUUGUACAAGUUUAGCAUCGCACAUAACUUUAAGCUUAAAUUUUUGAGGAACAGCAAAGAGAGAAUGUCUGUCAUUUGCAAAGUGGAAGGUUGUCCAUGGAAAAUAUGUGCAAGUGCAUUGGGGAAGAAUGUUCCAUAUCUUCGUGUCACCACAUUCAUUAAUGAGCAUGUCCAUAGUGCCCAAGAUAAUUUGCAAGUUAGACAGUGUGCAAGAUCUAAUAUGACAUCCUGUAUAAUUAUCGAUGAGGUGAGGAACCAUGCUGACAAGCGGGCAAGUGAAAUAAGGACAAAAUUGCAAACAGAAUAUGGUCUGAAUGUUACAUACAAACAGGCAUAUAGGGCGAAGGAGAAGGCAAUAGAAGACAUACAUGGUAGACCUGAACAUUCAUAUAUGUUAAUACCAUGGAUAUGCCAAAGGCUAAAGGAAACCGAUGAGAAAACAGUAGCUGAAUGGGUAGCUGGUCCUAACUACAGAUUUGAGCGUGUGUUCAUCGCAUACGGGUGUUGUAUAGAGGGUUUCUUGGCUGGUGCUAGACCCGUUCUGUAUGUUGACGAAACUCAUUUAUCUGGACCAUAUAAGGGAACACUCCUCGCAGGUUCGGCAUAUGAUGCAAAUAAUGAGCUGUUGCCUUUUGCAAUGGCUAUUGUAAAGGGAGAGACAAUUGAUGACUGGACUUGGUUUAUGUCUAUGAUUAAAAAGAUAGUUGGCUCAAAGCCAUUAACUAUUGUGUCAGACCGUCAUAAUGCCAUAAUAGGAGCUGUACAAUCAGUGUUCGGUUCUGACAGGCAUGCGUAUUGUUAUAGGCACGUUAAGGAGAACUUUAGUGCAGAGUGGCUCAAAUUGAACAGAGGUAAAAGGAGCAGAACACGCUCCAAAGAGGAUGCAUUAAUGCUUCUUAAUAAAAUUGCAUGGGCUAGGGUUGACGAUGAAUUUGACAAGGCAAUGGCAGAAAUGAGGGAGUUCUCUCCAGAGUUAUUUGACUGGCUUAACAAUCAUGGGGAUGUAGAUAAGUGGGCUGUGAGCAAGUUCCCAUAUAAACGAUGGGAUAAUAUAACGACCAAUAUUGCUGAAUCAUUCAAUGCUUGGAUGGUCAAGGAAAGAAAGCACAAUGUAGCCCAAAUGAUUCAUGAGCAUCGUGAGAAAGUUGCGAAAAAGAUGCAAGCAUCAAGUGUGGCAAUGACAAAAUGGAAGAGUUGUAUAGGGCCAAAGAUAGAGACCAAAGUAAAGGAAAAUGUGGAGGUUAGUAAGCAGUUCAUUACAACAGAUUAUGGUAGGGGAAAUGUCAAUGUCCAAACCUCACGUGGACACCACCGAGUGAGUCUCAGCUUGCACCAUUGUAGUUGUGCAGAGUGGCAGAUGACAGGGAUUCCAUGUAGGCAUGCUUGUGCAGCGGUGAAAACUGUCCAUGGUGAUAUUUAUGAUUAUAUUGAGGGAUGUUGUGAUGCAUUUGCUGUCAUGUUAUUUUUCCUAUCUGCAAUUAUGCUACUGUGA